UUUCAUGCUAUUGACUGUCCUGUUGUAGACCCUAUUGCUAUCAGAAAAGCAAAAAGAGAAAAAUCGAUACCCAACUUGACAAAACCCAAUACUGCUGCAGACAUAGUACGAAAAAGCACACCUAAAAAUUGGAUUCCCUUUUCAAAACGAGAUAAUGCUGCUUUAGAAAAAGCAUACCAAACCAAUCAAUCAAGCAUCAUACCUGUGAAUGAAGACUAUUUAUUUGAGGUGGAUAUUGCAAAACGAGAAAUUAGUCCUGUGUACUGGGAAGGACCUGUAUUUGAAGUCAGAAGAGCAACUUGGUUUAUGCAGACAGAUAGUUUGGCGAAAUGGACACCUUGUGAAGAAUCCCUGUCUAGUCAGAUUGAACAAGGCUAUUUGAAACGUCGUCCUUAUGCAAGACCUGCAAAGACAGACAUCGAAAAGGAAUUGAGCCAAGAAACAAAUAAGGUCACUUCUAAUGAUACCAUACAAAAAGACUUUACUCAAGAACAACAGCAAGAGAAAGUGGAUUCAUAUAUAAAUGAGAAGACAAAAUAUGUGGAAGAAAGAGAGAAUUUAUCAGGACCUUAUUCGGGUCGAUAUGUUGUCUAUACAAGUCCAGUACAAGCAUGGUUAUUAGAGUAA